CAUGGGGAGCGCAUCGGGGCCCGACCCCGCCCUCAGCAUGACAUAGAGCACCAGUGGAGCACGCUUCCCCUGGAUGCGAGGAUCGCAACUCCCCUGGGCCAAGGAAAGGUAUCCCUUACUGCCCAUACCCAUAUUCCGAAUAUUAUAUAAAGUGCUCUGCGAUAGACGAUGGUGCAUUCUACCUCUCUUGAUAUGGGCAUCUAUGGAAUCUUUCCUUGCGGGAUACAAUUUUAUCACUUGCGGACCGAUUGGCGACUGCACUAAGCACAGUUCCCCUUUCUCAUUUACUUCAUGACCUUGUGAGUCACCCACAACCUUCUGGACCUGAAAUGGUAUCACGCUGCCGCGUAUGGCAAGAUGGCAACUACGUUGGGUGGCUUAGAGACAGAUAUUUUCUUGCCCAGGGGUUUCUAUAUCACUUUCGAUCCUGAAUGGUGUAUAGUGAAGCCAGGGCAGUAGUUGAUGUCUCUGGUGCACAUCUAUCGGCCCUCGAUCGUACAUUACGUUUGGCUAUACGCGGGGUUACAAUACCAAACUUUAGGCUCCUCGCAUAAAGCAUGCUCUCUAGGUUUUAUUUAUUGACGAGAUAAUGGCAGGUUUCGCUUCGGCACUGGCAUUUACGAUUGGGGAGUAGCCUUUGCUGACGGUGCUGGAACCUUGUAUGCACUUCCUCCACGGUCAGAAACUCUUCCGCUAUACCUGGACGACGAUGGCUUCUACUCUGUCACUGGUCCUACGUCCUAUAUGAACCCUACAAGUCACUAUUUAGAUAACCAACCUCUAAACUUUUUCUCCUCAAGCUCCCAUCUCUCUUGUCAGCCUCGCCAGCCUUUCCAGCUCCCUAUUGAUAAUUUCGGUGGGCUAGGCAUUCCUCUUUGCAGCCCCCUUCCUCCUGCUCCUCUUUCUGCACCUCAUUCUCGAACUCGUAAUGGUCCCCGAAGGCCGUCUCAGAGAAGCUAUGCUUGCAGUGAGCCUGGCUGCCCCUGGCCAUCCCCUUUCAAGACUAAGCAAAGCUUGGCCCGCCACCAUGAAGUGAAGCAUCUCCAGGGACGCUUAGAUUGUCCGGUCCCCGGCUGCAAGAAGGUCGGGGACAAGGGGAUAAAAAGGAAGGACAAUCUCCGUAUCCAUGUAUGGAAUCAGCAUCGGGUUAAACUGCCUCUUGAAUCCCACUUGCGCUACGCUUAAGCAUCGUGUUCCGAGUACAACAACGACUUCGGGAGCCGUGUACUCCCCCGUAUCUGGUUUCUUGUACCAUGGCUACUAUUUCACUGAGUUGAUGGCUCUGUCGGGUGUUUCUGGACGGGGUCCGUCGAACCACUGAUACCUUUGAUUUUUUCCUUUAGCCUCCAAGUCACUUCCUAUGUCCGGCCAACCUCUUUCUGUCGUAUUUUUCUCUUUCGAUGACGAACCCAUUACCUAUACUCUUUGGGCCUGGCUUGAUGGAGUUUCUGUUAUAACGGAGGAGGAAUGCGGUUCCCCUCCCCAUUGGUGCUAACGCUUAACGUUUAGCACCCGCGAACCGGGCCAAUAACACCUCCGGGUUUCUAUCUUUUGUCCCCUCUUGUUCCACUUUUCCAUUCAUCCUUGGUAAAGGGCCUAGCUUCGUCGUUCCCAUUCGUGCCACGGAAUUAGGAGAUUCCUCCAAUACCAGUCGUUAGUCCGCCGAUAGGACCCGUGCACAUAUGUCUGCACCACCCAAGUGUCUGUUCCCCUUCAGCUCCGGGAGCUACGAAAGCCCCUGUUAUGAGUGGGACACUUUCCUUUUUUUAUCGUGGGAUUCCCCCAAGCUCCCACGAGCGUUCCCCAGUCUCCUUCUCCUAGCUCUUUCUCUCUCUAUUUCCUGCUAGUCCUCUUGUGGUUCUCAUUCAUUUUCAGACCAUUUAUUCACCGGGGAGAUUUUCUUCUCCUUUAUAUUUGCUUCAAUACUAGCCUCCGUCUAUAUUCGUGUACUUACGGGCAAAUAUCCUUACC